AUGACAGGCUUCGACUUCUCCAACUACAACCGCAACGCGGCUCUUCACGCCAAAGGACUGCCUCUGCCCAAGGCCACUAGCACCGGUACUACCAUUGUGGGCUGUAUCUAUGACAAUGGUGUUGUGAUCGCAGCAGAUACCAGAGCUACCAGCGGACCCAUCGUCGCAGACAAGAACUGCGAAAAACUACACUACAUCGCACCCAAGAUCUGGUGCGCAGGAGCCGGCACGGCCGCCGACACCGAAUUCACGACCGCCUUGAUCAGCUCGAACAUCGAACUGCACUCUCUGUCGACGGGCCGCGACCCGCGAGUAAUCACCUGCAUGACGAUGCUGAAGCAGCACCUCUUCCGAUACCAGGGACACAUCGGCGCCUACCUGGUCGUGGCGGGCGUUGACCCGACCGGCACCGGACUCUACACCGUGCACGCCCACGGUUCGACGGACAAGCUGCCCUACGUGACUAUGGGCUCCGGAUCGUUGGCCGCCAUGUCGGUGUUCGAGUCGACGUGGAAGUCCGGCCUGGACCGCGAGGGUGCGAUCGCUUUGUGCGCGGAGGCCAUCAAGGCCGGUAUCUUCAACGAUCUGGGAUCGGGUAGCAAUGUCGACGUGUGUGUGAUCGAGAAGGACAAGCCCACGCAGCUCCUGCGCAACUACAUCAAGCCCAACGAGCGUGGCCAGAAGGCGCGCGACUACCGCUUCCCCCGCGGCACGACGGCUUAUCUGAACCAGAAGAUCAUCACCAAGGAGGAUAUGAAGAAAUAUGUCACUGUGGAGGAGGUCUCUGGGGAUCCUAACCUGAUGGAGGUGGACUCAUAG